AUAACCUUGAGAGCUCCACCUGCAAAAUCAGCCUUGUCAAGCUUUUUCUCAACUCCUCGGACAGCGGGAGAAGCUCCAGAGCAACACACGCACACACGCACACACACGACAAUGGGUCUCGCAAGCAAGAUGGCUGCAGCAAAUGCAGCGGCAGGCAUGCCUCCAGGCGGCCAGCCUGGCUAUCCUGGACAGCAGCAGUACCAAGCGUAUCCAGGUGCCCCAGCUGCCGGCGCUCCCGGGGGUGGCCCACCAGGACAGGGUCAAUACGGCGCUCCUCCGCCCCAGGGAGGAUACCCUGGAGGCCCACCUCCCCAGCAACUAUCUCAGAGCAGCCCUGCUGAGGUAGAAGGCUACAAGCAACUUCUCAAUGCUUGUAUUCAGGAGAAGAACCUCCAAUGCUUCUACCCACCAAAUGACCCAAGGAUUACCCAGAUCGCUCAACAAGCAGGUCCCAAGAUCAACCAGGUCAUUCAGCGCUGGCGUGUCGCAAAGGAAAUCGCAAAUGAUAUUGUCAAGCUUGCCCUGUACGACAUUGUACUCUAUAUCGACGACAGUGGUUCCAUGCAGUUCGAAGAGGAGGGAAGCCGCAUCAAGGACUUGCGCCUUAUUCUGGAGCGAGUCUCGUUUGCCGCCACGCUCUUUGACCAUGAUGGUAUUUCUAUUCGCUUCAUGAACACCGAUCUUUCCAACGCACGCGACCAGCAGGGCCGUCCUCUCCAGGAUGGUGUGGCGUCCGAGGCUCAGAUUGAGCAAAUCAUGCGUGGCGUGCAGUUCAAGGGUCUUACACCCAUGGGAACUGCUAUGAGGCAAAAGGUCAUUGAUGGCAUCGUUCUCCAAAAGGCAAGGAACGGUCAGCUGACCAAGCCGGUACUGGUCAUUGCCAUCACCGAUGGUCAGCCAGCUGGAGAGCCUCAGAACGCCAUUUUCGAUACCAUUCAGUAUGCUUUUGAUACUCUCAAGGGUUUCCCACAGUAUGGCCGCGGCGCCGUUGCGUUCGAGUUCGCUCAGGUCGGAAACGAUGAAGCUGCUAGGAAGUUCCUCAGUAAACUUGAUGAGCACCCCGUAAUCGGACCAGAGGUUGACUGUACCUCUAACUUCGAGAACGAGCAAGAAGAGAUGAUGCGCGCCAAUCCUCCUGUGGAUCUCACACCCGACCUAUGGAUCAUCAAACUUCUUCUUGGCGCCAUUGACCGUAGCUACGAUUCCAAGGACGAAAAGACCAACCCCCAACCUGGUGGAUAUGGCGCACCUCCAGGCCAGUAUGGUGCUCCGCCAAGCCAAUAUGGUGGCCCACCACCGGGUCAGUAUGGAGGCCCCCCACCAGGACAGGGCCAGUAUGGCGCACCACCCCCACAAGGCCAAUAUGGCGCCCCUCCUCCAGGCCAAUAUGGAGCUCCCCCUCCAGGCCAAUACGGAGCUCCUCCACCAGGUCAAUAUGGUCAGCGACCACCUCAGGGUGGUCCUGGUGGAUACCCAGGUCAGCAGCAGUACGGCCAGCCGCCACCAGGUGGGAAGUACUAGUACUGAACUUCUAGCCAUUGCGUUAGCAACCGAAGUUUGGUCUCAGUCUGUAAUCGAAAGUAGGAAGCAGGAAUGUGUCAAGGAACAGUGAUGGAAUAUUCUUUAGUCAACCUAUGUUUUCCGAGAAUUUGUUCUACUACAGAACUAUGGCUCUGACUUUGCGUGUCUGGGACGGCUUGAAUUGUUUGCAGAACUGCUAUGAAUGAUAUUCCCCUCUAGUGCAUGUCUAGCCUGCAUGCUUUCCAGUAGUGUUUUAGAAUCCAUUUCAAUCAACCAUGUAUAGA